AUGGCCCUAUUUCAAGUCGAAGGCUGGGAUUUGAAGACCAAGGAUGUGUCCUACGACAGUGCAAAUGCCAAAAAAGAGCACAAAAAAAAGGAGAGAAAGGCCAGAGCCAAGAAAGAUGAGCAGAGGAGACUGAAGGAAACUGAAGACGAGUAUUCAAACUACGAUUUGGAAAACGAGCAGGAAGAGGGCUCCAAGGAUGCUCUUGCUCCGGUUGAAAAAAAACAAAUCGAUGGCUCAAAAAAAGAGACGAAAAAAGACACAAAAAAAGCUGACAAGCCUGUGAGUAAAAAACGGUCAUUGGACGAGGUAGAUUCCAAGCCCAAGGAUAGGGAUGCUCAGGUAGAAAGUGCGGCCAAAAAACCACUCACAGCACUCCAGCAAAAAAUGCUGGCGAAAUUGAGUGGUUCGCGUUUUAGAUGGAUCAAUGAGCAAUUGUACACCACCUCGUCCGCCAGUGCGCUCGAUCUAAUCAAGAAACAGCCACAACUAUUUGACGAAUAUCACGAAGGGUUUAGGUCUCAGGUUCAGUCUUGGCCCGAAAAUCCGGUAGAUGUGUUCGUUGACCAGUUCCGUAUCAGAUCUCAAAAACCUGUGAAUGCUCCUGGUGGACUGCCAGGCCUACCGUCAGACAAAACAAUAGUGGUCGCAGAUAUGGGAUGUGGUGAAGCUCAACUGGCACAAGACUUGAACACUUUUUACGCCCAGUACAAUCGCAAGCAAAAGAAGCACUUUAAGAAGAAGUGCGUUGUCCACAGUUUCGAUUUGAAGAAAGCCAACAAAUUAAUCACUGUUGCCGACAUAAAAAACGUACCGCUCGCCAACGAAUCUUGCACAGUGGUGGUUUUCUGCUUGGCAUUGAUGGGUACAAAUUUCCUAGAUUUCAUCAAAGAAGCUUACAGACUACUUGCGCCUCGCGGUGAGCUUUGGAUUGCAGAGAUCAAAUCCCGUUUCGCGGACCGUCAAGGAGACGAGUUUGUGAAUGCAAUCAAGCUCAUGGGAUUCUUUCACAAAAAAACCGACGACUCCAAUAAGAUGUUUACUCGAUUCGAGUUUUUCAAGCCUCCACAAGAUAUCAUCGAAGAGAGAAAAGCCAAGCUUGAGCGUAAGCAGAAGUUCAUCGAGGUUGAAACUGAGAAGGAGGAGUUGGAAACAAAACGGACCAAAGCUCCAGAGGGUAAAUGGCUACUGAAACCUUGCAUCUAUAAAAGAAGGUGA